GAAUUCUCUACGUGUUUCCCAAGACAUCACAUUGCAUAGAGUGCAGCGGCAAUCUCUCUCGGCAGUAUUAUCUAAGCCAUGGACCGUUACCCCCACCGACCUAAAUGCACGCCGUAUAAAUGGUCACGACACCUUCUCACCACUGUCAGUAAGCAGUGCAUCUAAUCUCGUCUGCAAUGUACAUUACGGAGCUGUGCAAAUAGUGUGAGGUUUCGUGGCGUUAAUUUUUUUACAUUUUGUAUAACACGUCAUUUAUGAUUUUUUUUUUAAAUUAAUUACAACUGUCUUUUUUUUUUCUCUGUGUGUGUGUGUGUGUGUGUGUGUGUGAGGCAUUUCGAUGAUUCAUACAAUUGAGAAUGAUCAUACAUAUAUUCAGCACCGCACAGCUGAUCGGUGUCAUCUACAAUGAGAUAUGUAAACAAGUUAAUUGAAAUAAUCGAAAUUAAUAGUGCAAGAUUAAAAUUGUUUAUUUACAUUAUGAAGUGCGGAAAUUUUGAAGUUAUCGAGUGGUCUUGCAGAACCGGAUGUCCAAGAGUGGCUCAAAUAUCGUGUUGGAUAUUAAUCCUGUUGAUUAUUUGUUCACGACGAACUUACUCGUUGACAUUUGAUAAUACAACGAAUCUUUUUGUCCAAAAAUGUCAAAUGGAAUGCAGUUUGCAUAAAGAUUUUACAACUUGCGGAAAAUAUAAAGUUGUGAGGUGGUUGAAUACAAUAGUUAGAGAGAAGGAAUUUAAUUACGGCCCGUUUCGAGUAAUAAGGAUACCAUCAAUACACAAGCAAUCCUUUUUGCCCUAUUUACCACGUUUUCGAGCAUUUAAGAGCAGCAUAACGGAAACCCUAAACUUUGUUAGAGAUAGCGUAGAAGAUUUAUUGACAAAACGUGCCAUUGUAUAUACAGUAGACAAUUCAGCAGUUACUAGAGGCUUUCCGUCAAGUUUAAUGUUAGUGGACGAAGAUGAACUUAUGCAGAUAAAAGAUAAGGAAGAAGUGGAAGGUGAUUGGCGAAUUUUCAAGAAGAAAAAGUCAAUAAUCUUUCCGGUUCUUAUAAUAUUAAACUUAAUCAAACUAAAGCUAUUGUUAUUACCAAUUAUCCUAGGAGUUCACUUUAUUAAAAAGAUUCUCGUAUUUGGAUCGAUCCUUUUAACAUCGAUAUUGGCGCAUUUAAAAGUUUGCAAAAUACAAGGUGCUGCUCAAUAUGGUGCUCAUGCGCACCAUCCGCAUCCUCUUCAUUUCUGGUCCACUGCAGCGGAAUCAAGUGACUAUCCAACGGGAUACGGACAAGAUGACACUAAUUGGCACAGAAACGAUUACCAGCUAGGUUAUACGAAUUAUCAGUUGUUUCGCAAUCCUUACGGGUGAAAAUGUUGCGAACUGUCACCGAUCACUAGCGAAAAAUUCGUAUAAUUCUUUAUCUUGGAUAAUCUUAGUAAAGUGUACGCAUCAGCUUGAGACACGCGAGAUUGUUAAUACCAUAAUAAGUAAUGUAAUUGUGAUUGUAUGGAUUUUUGUAAUUUAUUUAAUCGCGAUAAUCGCGUGUAAUUUUCAACAAAAUUGUUCGUGGCGCGGUGUGUCGAAUAAAUUCCAAUCAACGUCGGCAACGCUUAUCUCGGCUUCGUUCGUUCGCCGCCUAUCCUAUCGAAGAACACAUACUUGCAAAAUGACUUUCACAUAGCUUAUUACCGUUAUUUGUGAGGCACAUGUUGAUAUAUUUCCAGUCUCUGUAACUUUGUGGAAAGAGACUUUGAGAAAGGGCAUGGUAUUAAGGAUACAUCCGUCUUUUCUUUAAAUCCUACAUUAAUAGAGGACGCGUGAAAGAAGAUGGAAAGAUAGAGAGAGAGAGAGAGACAAAGAUAGAGAUAUAAAAUCCUAUCUCUAUCGCAUAUCUCUUAUAAAUUAUAAAAAUUAAAAAUGAUUUAUGCAAAUAUGCAAUUAUUUACAAUACCUAGUA